AUGGUUGAUGAACCUAAGACGUACAACCAAGCCAUAACAAAUGAGAAUUGGAAGAAGGCAAUGCUUACAGAAAUACAAGCUUUGCAGGACAAUCACACAUGGGAGUUAACCGAAUUGCCUGCAGGAAAGACACCCAUAGGGUGUAAAUGGGUGUACAAACUCAAGAUGAAAUCGGAUGGUUCCAUAGAAAGGUACAAAGCCCGUCUGGUCGCAAAAGGCUAUACUCAACAGUUGGGCAUUGAUUAUAUAGAAACUUUCUCUCCAGUUGCGAGAAUUACUACAAUCCGGACCUUUUUAGCAGUUGCUUCUUCUCGUUCCUGGCAUGUGCAUCAAUUAGACGUAAAUAAUGCUUUUUUGCACGGUGAUCUGACAGAAGAAGUUUACAUGACUUUGCCUCCCGGUUUUAACACUGAGAAGCCGAAUCAAGUCUGCCGGUUACUUCGUUCUCUCUAUGGCCUUAAGCAGGCUAGUCGUCAAUGGAAUGAGAAGCUUUGUACUGCUCUGCUCAGCAUUGGUUUUGAUCAAUCAAAGUCAGAUCCCUCUCUGUUCACAAAAGGAAAAGGUGACAAGUUCAUAGCUGUUUUGGUGUAUGUGGAUGAUAUAUUAGUCACUAGUCCAAAUAUAUCACAAAUCACAGACCUCAAGUCCUUCUUGGAUGAGACUUUCAGUAUAAAAGAUCUGGGAAAGGUUGGCUACUUUCUAGGCAUCGAGGCAGUAAUGAAUAGCUCGGGAUUGCAUCUUUCUCAGAGAAAAUAUGCUCUGGAUAUCUUAACUGAGGAAGGAUUUCUUGAAUGCAAGCCUGUUAACACCCCAAUGGUACCCGGUCACCAGUUACAACAUGAUGAUGGUGUUCCGCUAGCAGAUGUCAGUAAGUAUAGAAGGCUUGUUGGGCGUUUACUAUACUUGACUGCCACCAGACCAGACAUAGCCUACACAGUCCAGCAGCUAAGCCAGUACAUUGAUGCCCCUACUGACAGUCAUUUGAGUGCAGCUCACAGAGUUCUCAGAUACAUCAAGAGCUCUCUUGGACAAGGUCUGUUUUAUCCAAAGGGCGUUGAUCUCCAGCUAAACGUUUUCUCCGACUCAGAUUGGGCUUCUUGUGUGGAUACAAGAAAAUCCAUUACCGGAUAUUGUAUCUUCCUAGGGACUUCUCUCAUUUCUUGGAAGUCCAAGAAACAGGCAACCGUUUCACGUUCUUCAUCCGAAGCGGAGUACAGAGCUCUCGCGACCACCGUUUGCGAAGUGCAGUAG